AUGCUGCGCUGCAUCCCCCUGUGGCGCUGCAACCGGCACAUCGAGGCGGUGGACCGGCGCCACUGCUCCCUCAGCGGCGUCCCCGAGGAGAUCUACCGCUACAGCCGCAGCCUGGAGGAGCUGCUGCUCGACUCCAACCAGCUGCGGGAGCUGCCCAAGCUCUGCUCUGCUCCCAACAGCCGUUUCUUCCGCCUGCUGAACCUGCGCAAACUGGGCCUGAGCGACAACGAGAUCCAGCGGCUGCCGCCAGAGGUGGCCAACUUCAUGCAGCUUGUGGAGCUGGACAUCUCUCGAAACGAUAUUCCAGAAAUUCCAGAGAGUAUUAAGUUCUGCAAAUCUCUGGAAAUCGCUGAUUUCAGUGGGAACCCUCUCUCCAGGCUGCCUGACGGAUUCACGCAGUUACGGAUCCUCGCACAUCUCUCCCUCAAUGACGUUUCUCUGCAGUUUCUGCCAAACGACAUUGGCAAUUUAUCGAACCUGGUUACCCUGGAACUCCGAGAGAACCUUCUGAAGGCACUGCCAACAUCGCUGUCUUUCCUGGUGAAGCUGGAAGAGCUGGACCUGGGCAGCAAUGAACUUGAAGUCCUGCCGGAUACUUUAGGAGCGCUGCCAAACCUUCGGGAGCUGUGGCUGGACAGGAACCAGCUUACUGCACUGCCACCGGAGCUGGGAAAUCUCAAGCGCCUGGUCUGCCUGGAUGUUUCGGAAAACAAACUAGAGACACUUCCUGAUGAGAUCAGUGGGCUGGUGGCUCUGACGGACUUGCUUCUCUCCCAGAACCCACUGGAGUCUGUGCCAGACGGCAUUGGCCAGCUGAAGCAGUUGUCCAUUCUGAAGGUGGAUCAGAAUCGGCUGACAGAGCUGACGGAGGCUGUGGGGGAGUGCACGCACCUGACCGAGCUGAUUCUCACUGAAAACCUGCUCACGACACUUCCCAAAUCCAUUGGAAAACUGAAGUUGCUGACAAAUCUGAAUGUGGAUCGGAACAGGCUGCUGGAUCUUCCAGCUGAACUGGGAGGCUGUGCAAGUUUAAAUGUACUGAGUCUCCGUGACAACAGACUAACGCACCUCCCACCGGAACUGGCCAAGGCAUCUGAGAUCCACGUUCUGGAUGUGGCUGGAAACAGGUUGCUGAAUCUCCCCUUCGCUCUGACCAACCUGAAUCUGAAGGCGCUGUGGCUGGCAGAGAAUCAGUCUCAGCCGAUGCUGAAGUUUCAGACUGAAGACGAUGAGAAGACGGGUGAGAAGGUUCUGACCUGCUACCUGCUACCGCAGCAGCCUUCUCCCAGCCUGGAGAACCUGUUGAACGACAGUCUGGAUGAGACAUGGCCAGAACCAAACUUGAACCGUGUCAGUGUGAUCCAGUUCCAGGAGGAACCCAAGGAUGGCGAGGAGAAUGAGGAGGAAGCGGAGAGACGUGGUCGGUUACAGCGCAGGGCGACACCACACCCCAGUGAGCUGAAGGUGAUGAAACAGGCGAUUGAAGAACGCCGGGGAGAAGCACUCACCAUGAAGGCACAGGAGCUGCCCGAGUCUCCAGACUCUCUUGAGCCACAGGAGAAGAGACUAAGUGCUGCGUCGGAUCAGAGCCAGGAGUGUCAUCUGUCCAACGGGGAAGUCUGCCAGGCUACAGGGGAGCCUGAACCCACCAUGAGUUCACUGACAACAGAGGAGGCUUUGGCGGAGCAGAACAGGGAGGUGGAGGACCAGAGCGAGGAGCAGGAGGAGGAAGAUGAUGAAGACGGAUACUUUGAGGUGAAGAGCCCCGGCAGUCAUCGUUCUCAUCCUGUCACACAGCGACUGAUCCGCAAGGACACUCCUCACUACAAAAAGCAGUUCAAGAUCAACAAGCUGCCAAGACCCGAGGCGGUGAUGGCCAUGCUGCAGGGGCUGCCCAGCAGUGAGGUGCUGGAGGAGGGAGACCAGGGGCCCGACUGCAGCCACAGCCAGCAACCGGAGGAGGACCAGGAGGUUAGAGAUGAAAGGCUCUCUCAGCCCCCCGUGAAGGGGGUCUCCUUUGAUCAAGUCAAUAAUCUGCUGAUCGAGCCUGCUCGAAUUGAGGAGGAAGAGCUCACACUGACCAUACACCGGCAGACAGGAGGUCUGGGCAUCAGCAUCGCCGGGGGCAAGGGCUCCACCCCCUACAAGGGCGAGGACGAGGGAAUCUUCAUCUCCCGGGUAUCGGAGGAGGGGCCCGCGGCUCAGGCAGGAGUGCGAGUGGGAGAUAAGCUGCUGGAGGUGAACGGGGUGUGCCUGCAAGACGCAGAGCACCACAAGGCAGUGGAGGCAUUGCGGAGUUCGGGGGGCCUGGUGACCAUGGCUGUCCUGCGGGAGAGGAUGGUGGAGCCAGAGAACGCCAUCACUGUCACCCCCCUGCGGCCUGAGGAUGACUACGCCCCACGGGAUCGCCGCGCAGGGCGCCGGUUUGUGGAGGAGUCGACAGCAGGGGCCAUGCGUGAGCGGUACUCCACGUCACUGGUGCGCGAUGAGAAAGGGCUGGGAUUCAGCAUCGCGGGUGGCAAGGGAUCCACACCCUACAAAGCAGGAGACACGGCCAUCUUUAUCUCCCGGUUGGCAGAGGGCGGCUGUGCACACCGGGACGGCAUUCUGCGAGUCGGGGACCGUGUGAUCUCAAUCAAUGGGGUAGAGAUGGCAGAAGCCAGGCAUGACCAGGCAGUAGCGCUGCUUACAGGCACAGCACCCAUCAUCACCAUGAUAGUAGAGCGCGAGGUGUCAGACCCUGAGCAGCCUGCAGACGGGCUGCUGCCGGCCAGUGGCUCUCCCACCCUGCCAGCCCGGGCUCCAUCCCCACCCCCGCCGGGACACCCCCACCAGCCGGACACCCCCACCCAGGACACCCCACACAACCACCUGGGCACCGAGGACCUGUACCCCGUGGAGGAGGUGACCCUGCUGAAGACGGGCGGCCCGCUGGGACUCAGCAUCGUUGGGGGCAGCGACCACGCCAGUCACCCCUUCGGCAUCCACGAACCCGGCGUCUUCAUCUCAAAGGUGAUCGCGGAUGGACUGGCUGCUCGGGCUGGGCUGCAGGUUGGAGACCGUAUCCUGGAGGUGAACAGCAUCGACCUGCGACACGCCACCCACCAGGAGGCAGUGAUGGCCCUGCUGUCUCACCAGCAGGAGAUCCGGCUGCUGGUGCGCCGGGACCCCCCGCCUCCGGGAAUGCAGGAGAUCCGGAUCGAGAAGCUGCCGGGGGAGAAGCUGGGAAUCAGUGUCCGAGGGGGAGCCAAAGGUCACCCGGGGAAUCCGUUCGACGCCACCGACGAGGGCAUCUUCAUCUCCAAGAUGAGCUCAAGCGGAGCAGCGGCGCGGGACGGCAGGCUGCAUACAGGUCUGCGUAUCCUGGAGGUGAACAACCACAGCCUGUUGGGGAUGACCCAUGGAGAGGCUGUCCGCAUCCUAAGGGGGGUGGGGGACACUCUGACCGUGCUGGUGUGUGAGGGCUUCGACCCCAGUGCCGCCCCCACCCUCACCGUGGAGUCUUCUCCUGGUAUUAUUGUUAACCCUUUUGCUGCUGGGAUGGGUCGAAAGAACAGUAUGGAGAGCAUCUCAUCCAUUGAUCGGGAUAUGAGCCCGGAAGAACUGGACAUUCUGCAGAAGGAGAUUGAAAUGGUUCGUGAGUCGUCACUGUGGGAGCGAGAAGAGCUGGAGAAAGUGGAGAGAAUGCGGAGGGAGCAAGAGGAGGCCACUCGCAGACUGGAGGAGGAAGAGAAUCACAGCACUGAACCCCUGAAGCUGGAUUACAGGACCCUGGCAGCUCUACCCAACAGUGGCAUCCAGAGGGUUCAUCGGACCAGUUCCAGCAGCAAUCCUGUCCCCGGCAACAGUGUCCCACGGGAUUUCAGCAGCUCCCCCACCUUCCAGCCAACAAAGCCUGGGGUCAUCCAUCCACUGUCCCGGGUCCGAGCCGUCCUUGGUACAGCACCAGCCGAUGGCAGGAACAGUCCCAACCCGUUCCAGACAGUGGAGGAGCAGGCAGUGCCACAGGAUGCUGAUGUUGCUGUGCACAGAAACUUCCGAGCCAAGCCCACCACUGAGGACGGAGAGGAUGGUGUGUUUGCCAUGUUAACGCGCUGGGAGGAGGAAGGCCAUGGGCCACGGAGUUACAGCACACCCACAGCUGGCACCAGGGCCCCAGGCAGUGCAAGGUGGAAGGAGCCAGAGGUUCCCUCCCCUGGAGCAUUGGACAGUCCGGAGCAGCAGUCAUUCCGGGAGCGUCAGAAGUACUUUGAGAUGGAGGUGAGGCCCCCGUCCGCAGAGAGGCCCAAACGGGUGUCGCUAGUGGCCGAGCAUGACCUGAGGAAGAUGAAAGAGGAGGAAGAGCGGAAGAUGAGGCACCGAGGAGAGGGGGCGGUGCUGCCCGAGGAGGAGGAGGACGACGACGAUGAAGACAGAAGGGCGUCGGACCUGAGCGGGCAGGGAACGGUGGUGAUUGAAGGCGUGGAGUACAGGAUCGAGCGUCUGGAUGGGAGAUCCCAGGAAUCCCCAACCUCCGGGGGCUCCCGAUCUGGUGCUGCGGGGGACCAUGGAGCUGUGGCAGGAGACGGGCUCAGCAGUGAAGAACAGCGUCCCAACUCAAUGACUGGCUUGUCCCCGGCAUAUCCCGAGCCCCCGGCUCCGAUCCGGACGGCGAAAGCAGAGCGGCGAUAUCAGGAAAGGCUGCGGAUACAGAGUCCAGAGCUGGCGGUGGGACGGGACAAGGAGUUGUCUCCGGCAGAGAAGCGGGCAUUGGAGGCAGAAAAACGGGCCAUGUGGAGAGCAGCGAGGCACCAAGCCCUCGCGGACGACCUCAAACACUAUGAACAAGACCGAGCCCGCCGCCUCUACCAGUCUCGCCAGCGGGCAGCACAGGGCACCGGCUCUGUGGCCAGCCUGAAGCUCCUUCCGCUGGUUAGGCCCGAGCUGCCCUGCAAUGACCUCAGGAUGAAGUCUCUGGAACAAGACGCCCUCAAGGCACAGAUGGUGAUCGCCAAGUCAAAGGAGACCAGGAAACGCAGCCCUCUCGACCACCUCUCUGAGUCACCCUCGCCCGUGGCAACGCCCUCACCCACCCCACUGGAGGAUCACAGCCCUCGCAGUGUGACCUCUCCCGGGAGACUGUCCUGGUCAGAAAAGAAGUUUGAUUACCGGCAGUUUGCAGCCAUCCCAUCUUCCAAACCGGUUUACGAGAUCCAGUCACCAGAUCUCCUGGAGGAUGGGACAUGCAUCACUGAUGUCAGUGCCUCAGGUGCCCGCCUUGCUGAGGAUGGAGAGGACACAGAGUGCCCGGCUGUGCCGACCCUGCUGGCACUGGGCACCCUCAGCACCUACAGCCAGAAGCGUCCAGUAGCGCCCCACCCACGGACGGCGGAGACCACGGCCCCCACGUGAGCCGCAGCCCCUGCCGAGGACACGCUCCCACACUGCACAUCUUACAGACUCUUCUUUCCUGUCUUAGCUGAAUCGGAUAUUAAUUUCUGGCAGAGACUAAUCCCGUAGGAUUUUGUACGGUUUUUAAUGAGCAGGUGGGUGGGGGGGGGUGGGCUGGGAGGGGUUAGAGGCCCAGAGGUCACCUGGUAGUUGGUCCUGGGCUACAGGUGUCCCUCGGACUGUCCGGGCUGUGGCCCCGGGACCUUGUAGUGGUGGCAUGUCCGGUGUCUGGGCUGUAGUGCGGAGAGGCACGGCACAGGGGGUCCCAGCUCCUGCCUUGGGCUCAUGGGGAGGGGAGGGGCAGGCCUGAACAUCCACUCCCAGUAGCCGGGCCCAGUGGACGGCUGGGCUCGGUCCCUGGUGUCUUACUCCAGCGCUGGGGGACACCCGUCACCUGAGCUGGGGGCUGCUGGUAUGGCUGAGUCGGGGGUCCCAGAGGUCACCGGGCAACCCCCCCCAGCUAAUCGUGGUCGGGGAAUUCAGGGUGGGGGUGGGGGAGGCUUCCAUUAGAGGAUCUGUGGGACUCCUGGUCACUGUAUCCCCCCCGUGUGGGAUGGUAGGGGACAGUGGGACCCCUGGUCACUGUAUUCCCCCGUGUGGGAUGGUGAGGGUCAGUGGGACCCCUGGUGACUGUAUCCACUCCCCCCCCCCCCCCACCCUGAGGGAUGGGUGAGGGGCAGUUAGAUCCUGCCUCACCCCAGUAGGGACAGGGGCCCCUCCCCAUGAGCGUUGGCAGGGUGUGUGGGACGAUUGGGCUGAGUGCUGAUUGCUUUAUGUAGAGACCCUGACUCGGAUGUGUGUAGGUUUGUUUGUGCUGCUAACGGGGUGAUUUGUUAGAGAUGAUCUGUGAAGGAGUUUUCAGCCGACAGCGCUCAGGGCCGUCUGAAAAUGUCCCUCCACUGGCUUUGAUUUUAAGUUGUGACGAGGAGUUUUGUGGGAAUCAGUGAUCCCUGGGGCAGCAGCCAGCCCCAGUCACUACACUAAAGGCAGCAGCUUCCUGCUGCUUCUGGGGCUGACAGCUCACCUCACACUGGAACUAAUGACUUUGUACAACCAAAGACCUAUAUUUUGUUCUCCAGGGUUCAUUAAAGGUUACUUUCAUUUUACAAAUGGC